AUGGUGCGUCACCUCCAGGAGGGCGUGGUGACGCACGUCACAGACUGUGGAGCCGUCUCAGAGGCAUUUGUAGUGACCAACGGAGUGAAGCAGAGCUGUGUCCUCGCACCCACCCUCUUCAGUUCCAUGUUCUCUGCCACGCUGCUGGACGAACGUCGCGGAAUCCGCAUCGCCUACAGGAUGGACAGUCAACUCCUCAAUCGUCGACAGACGCACGUCCAGUCGCGUGCAUCUACGGCUACUGUCCAAGAACUCGCCGUCGACUGCGCACUCAACAUUACGACCGAUGAAGGGAUGCCACUGAGCACAGACUUCUUCGACUUCGGCUGCGCCCACUUCCGACUGGCCAUCAACGCGGACAUGACGUUGGUCAUGCAUCAACAGCCACCGAAUGCUGAGUACAGUGUCCCUUGCAUCCAAGUUGACGGCACAGAACUGAAGACCAUGGACAACUUCAACUACCUGGGCAGCAGAAUGUCACGCCGAAUCAGAAGCAACGACCAAGUGGUCUAUCGGAUUUCUCAAGCCAGUCAAGCCUUCAGUCGGCUGCAGAACGCCGUGUGA